AUGACCGCCAUGGACUCAGAUAAUGAGAAAAAGCCGGCCACUACCGUGGAGCCAACCGAAAGCCUCCCUCCAUCCAACGAUGAUGUAGAGGUUGGUAAAAUAAACCCGCUGAAGCGGAAUCUGAAGAAUCGACAUAUGCAGAUGAUCGCUGUUGGUGGUGCUAUUGGUGCUGGUCUUUUCGUUAGUACAGGAUCCGCGCUACGCACGGGAGGACCUGGUGCUUUGUUAAUAUGCUACUUGGUUGUUGGAGGGAUGCUUCUUCUUACAAUUCAGGCCUUGGGCGAGCUGGCCGUGUUAUAUCCCGUGAACGGAGCGUUUUUCACAUACUGUGUCCGGUUUAUCAGUCCAGCCUGGGGUUUCGCGGUCGGCUGGGACUACGCUAUCCAAUGGCUCAUUAUCCUUCCCUUCGAACUUACGGCCGCGAGUUUAACAAUUCGUUACUGGAGUGAAACUUUGAAUAGUGGAAUUUGGAUCGCAGUCUUUCUAGUCGCUCUGACUACGAUCCAAUUUUUCGGUGUUCGAGGCUAUGGAGAAGUCGAGUUUGUACUGGGAGCAAUCAAGAUCACUGCUGUCAUUGGUUUUAUCAUUCUUGGAAUCGUGAUCGAUUGCGGUGGAGCCCCGAAAGGAGGCUACAUCGGAGCUCGUUACUGGAGUGAUCCUGGUGCAUUCACAGACUUCAAGGGGUUCUGCUCUGUCUUCGUGACAGCAGCCUUCGCCUUUGGUGGCACAGAAAUGGCUGGUCUUGCUGCUGCAGAGGCAGCCAACCCUGCCAAGUCCAUUCCCAAAGCAUCCAAGCAAGUCUUCUGGCGCAUCAUGAUCUUUUAUGUCCUGGGGACCUUUAUUGUUGGCUUGAUUGUGCCUUCCAACGCCGAAUGGCUGCUUGGAGCAUCUGGCGCCAAUACCAAGGCUUCUCCUUUCGUCGUAUCAAUCAAGAACGCCGGUAUCUCUGGGUUGCCAUCUGUCAUGAAUGCAAUUAUCACUAUUUCGGUCAUUAGUGUGGCUAACUCUGCAACAUAUGCGUCCAGUCGCACUAUCCAGGCUCUGGCUUCACGGGGAAUGGCACCGCGAGUUAUGUCUUAUAUCGACAAGGGAGGCCGACCUCUUUACUGCAUUAUCCUGCAGGUCACCUUUGGUUUGCUCGCCUUUGUCAACGAAGCACCGUCUGGAAGCACCAUCUUCAACUGGCUUCUUGCCUUGUCUGGUAUAUCUGACUUUUUUGUCUGGGGUAGCAUCUGCCUCGCCCAUAUCCGCUUCCGUUCCGCCUGGGCACAUAAUGGGCACACAGUAAAGGAGCUUACCUAUGCUGCUCCCUUCGGUGUGAUUGGGAGUUAUAUUGGGUUGGGUCUCAAUGUGCUAUGCCUCAUUGCAGAAUUUUAUGUCUCCGUGGCUUCAAAAGAUGCGGAGACAUUUUUCAUGAACUACCUUGCUGGGCCGCUCGUGAUACUACUUUUCGCCGGCUGGCUUGUUUAUACCAAGUUGAAUAAAGACCCGAGUCUCGAUCGUGGAGGGUGGUUCAUUCCAAUUGAGAAGAUGGAUAUCGACAGCUUCAUAAGGGACUCUAGUCUUGAUGUGGACCUUCCACCAAGAGUUGAGUAUCCUACUUGGGGUGCAUGGUUCAAAGCUGCUCCUAUGCGUAUAGCUCGUUCAAUUAUUUGA